AUGCCAGCCAAGGAUCGACCUCAGCGCUCGGCGACAGCCAAGGGCAUCAAGAAGAACAAGACAACGCUCGUGGUCGGACUCGACUUUGGCACAACUUUCUCCGGGGUUGCGUACGCUCUUUCGACAAAUCCUGAGCAAAUAAGCAUCGUAUCGCGCUGGAAGGGCGAGCUGUACUAUCAAACCAAGGAUAAGCAAAAGGUGCCCAGCGUUAUUGCAUACGAUAAGUCUGGUCAGCCCGCCGCCUGGGGCUACGAGAUUCAAUACUCGCAUACGCCGCUUAAGUGGCUCAAGCUGCUGCUCGUGGAGGAGGAUGAGCUCCCGCGACACCUAUCCAGCUCCGCCGAGUAUAAAUCCUUGAAGAAGCAGAUCAAAGCACUGUGCAAAAGCCCUGUCGCUAUCAUCGGCGACUAUCUUCGCCUCCUCUGGGCCCACGCCUGGAGCCAGAUCAAGGCGGCCCAAGGGGAGUCGUUCGUGGAGGCUUGCAAAAUCAAGAUCGUCGUCACUCUGCCUGCCAUUUGGUCCCCGUGCGCGCAGCAGCGCAUGCAUGAGGCCAUCCAAGUAGCAGGCAUUGCUGGUCGACCUGAUGACCAGCACGUAUCCCUUGACUUUGUGUCGGAGCCCGAGGCGGCUAUCCUCGCUUCACUCAAGAGCAUGCGGAACCGCGAAGACGUAGAGGACGGUGACCAUUUCGUCAUCUGCGACGCAGGCGGAGGUACCGUGGAUCUGAUCACCUACGUGAUCGAAAGCCAAGACCCUCUCGUCGUCAAGGAGAGUGUCCGAGGAUCUGGCCUAGUCUGCGGCUCCGUGCACCUCGAUGAAGGCUUCGCGACGCUCCUAAAGACCGUCGUGGGACGAGAGGUAUACAAGAAAAUGCAAGGACCUGGCCUGCACGAAUUUAUGAACUUGCACUGGGAGAACGGACUCAAGGUGCAAUACUUCGGCCGCGACACACCACCAUACCCGCUGACGCUGCCUUACUCGGGAUCGAAGAGCGAGGGCUUCCGGUCGCCUGAGAUUCGAAUCCAAGGGUUCGAUCUUAAGCCAAUCUAUGCGAGAAUCUUUGAAAAGGUAGCCCGCCUUGUUCAGGGGCAGAUUGACAAGGUGGUCGAGGAGUACGACGAGACCCCCAAGUUCCUAAUUCUCGUGGGGGGGUUCGGCCAGAGCGAGUACCUUGGGAAGUCCCUCAAGAACAAAGUUCGCGAUAUUCCCGAGUUCAUCCAAGACGCAGGCGAACGUCCCUGGACUGCCGUCUGCCGGGGCGCCGUCGUCAAGGGUUUAGCAGAGUGCACUGACUCGUCGGAUCUUGCAAUCAUCGUCAACUCGCGCGUUGCUCGUGUCAAUUGGGGCACGGUGACCAAUAUCUCCCCCUUUGAGAACGAUGUCCACGACCCUCGGGACAGGGAAUGGUGUCCCGUAGAGCAGGAGUGGCAAGCCAAGGACCAGAUUAAGUGGUUCAUCACGAUUGGACAUCCUAUCGAGGCGGACCGCCCAAUCGUCCAUCCUUGCUGGCAAGCGCUGACCAGCGCGGAUGAGGAGAUUGUGACGGAGAUUGUGUAUUCGUACAAGACGCUUGAGUUCAAGGACCCAAGGGCGAACGUGACGCGCCGCGAUGGCUCGGUCAAGAAGCUCUGCGAGAUACGGUGGAAGAACCUGCUGGACAAAUACAGGAAGCUGCCCGAGAUGCAGACAACGACGGGGCAAAGCUUCCGCCGGCUGGAGUACGAUGUGCACCUCACAACACAAGGUGUUUCUCUGGACUUUAUCGUGUAUCAUGAGCACGAGGUCAUGGGGCAGGGCAACGUAUAUGCGACGGGCAGUCAAUGGUUUGAUGCCGUGACGGUUUGGGUGCUUGGCAUGGUCGGCAGCGACCUCGACCUCGACCUCGACAUCGACAUCGACAUCGACGACAUUGCGAAGUCGACUGCACAAUACUGA